CUCGCCGCUGUUGUUGCGAUGGUCGCCGCGCGGCCACAAGACGGUCACGGUCACGACCAACACCACGGUCACGGUCACGCCAUCUCUUCACAGAGCAUCGUACUGCACCACACUCAGGAGAUUAAACACCCCAUUCACCACGAGGAGCACCAUGAAGAACAGUACCACCAACACCAUGAGGAACAACAUCACGGAGAGCACCACCAUGAGGAACACCAUGGUCACGCCUCCUCUGCUCAGAGCAUCAAGCAAUACCACGGAAAGGCCACUGAGAAACACGUCGAGUACUACGCUCAUCCCAAAUACGAGUUCGCGUACAAGGUUGUGGACCCUCACACCGGUGACAAGAAGUCCCAGCAUGAGUCUCGUGAUGGUGACGUCGUGAAGGGCGUGUACAGUCUGCACCAGCCUGAUGGCUCUGUCAGGAUCGUGAAGUACCACUCUGACAAGAAGGCUGGAUUCAACGCCAACGUGCAUUACGAAGGUCACGCUAUCCACAUCGUUCCCGAACACCACCACCACCACUGA